ACUGGAUAGAAACUAGCGUGAAAAGCAGCCGUAAAGAUGUCUGACGACGAACAGCAAGAUCAGACCAUCGCCGAAGACUUGGUUGUCACCAAGUAUAAAAUGGGUGGCGACAUUGCCAAUCAGGCCCUGAAGGUUGUGAUCGACGCGGCCAAGCCUGGGGUGUCCGUGCUCAGCCUGUGUCAGAAGGGUGACGCUCACAUCAUGCUGGAGACGGGCAAGAUCUUCAAGAGGGAGAAGGACAUGAAGAAAGGCAUUGCGUUCCCCACCUGCGUCUCCGUCAAUAACUGUGUAUGCCACUUCUCUCCCCUGAAGAGCGACCCAGACUACACGCUAAAAGACGGAGACUUGGUCAAAAUUGACCUGGGCGUUCAUGUGGAUGGAUUCAUAUCCAAUGUGGCCCACAGCUUUGUCGUCGGAGCCAGUAAGGACGCCCCUGUAACAGGCAGGAAAGCAGAUGUGAUCAAGGCGGCCCACCUUUGUGCCGAGGCAGCCCUGCGACUCGUCAAACCUGGCAACCAGAACACUCAGAUAACUGAAGCCUGGAACAAAAUUGCGCAGUCAUUCAAAUGCACUCCUAUUGAAGGCAUGCUCUCCCAUCAGCUGAAGCAGCACGUCAUCGAUGGAGAAAAGACCAUUAUCCAGAACCCAACAGACCAGCAAAGGAAGGACCAUGAGAAGGCAGAGUUUGAGGUGCAUGAGGUGUAUGCAGUGGACGUGUUGAUCAGUUCAGGAGAAGGAAAGGCAAGGGAUGGGGGCCAAAGGACCACAAUCUACAAGAGGGACCCAAGCAAGCAGUAUGGCCUGAAGAUGAAGACCUCCAGAGUCUUCUUCAGUGAGGUGGAGCGACGAUUUGACGCAAUGCCUUUCACCCUUAGGGCGUUUGAGGACGAGGGAAAGGCCCGUCUAGGCGUAGUGGAGUGUGCCAAACAUGAGCUGCUGCAGCCUUUCAACGUACUCAACGAGAAGGAGGGUGAGUUUGUGGCCCAGUUCAAGUUCACAGUGCUGCUUAUGGCCAACGGGCCUUUGAGGAUCACCAGCGGGCCCCUGGAGCCAGAACUCUACAAGUCCGAACACGAGGUCCAGGAUCCUGAGCUCAAAUCUCUAAUACAGAGUUCAGCCAGUCGCAAAGCACAAAAGAAAAAGAAGAAGAAGGCUUCCAAGACGGCAGAGAAUGCUACAGAGAAUGCUACAGGGAAACCGGCUGAGAACGAGGAUGAGGAAUAGAGAACAAGCACACAAACACUGACACCCAUGCACGCACAAACACACACACACACACACACACAGAGUUUCAGACUUAAACACAACCAUCAACUACAGACACCACAGAGGAAAAAACGAAAAUGACCCCACCCACCCCCAGAUGCUUAGCGAAUUAGGAGCCAGAUUAUCUUCUUUCUAGAGUUACCUUUCUAUCCCCUCACAAAAUGUUUGUGAGACUCACCAUUGGUCCGUUUCCGUGCCCCAGAAAUGCCUUGAAAAUAUCCAGGACAGGCAACCUUUUAUCCACCGGACUGUUUGUCCAGGACUCACAAACAAGGCUCUCAAUCCCUCGCAUUUGUAUUCAUGAACUCCAUGUUUGGUACAUUCUGUGAGACAACAGUAUGCCUUUUUCCACAUGCAAUAUAUUAAAGGAAAAGAAAAAUAAGUGUGAAUGACUAUGAAGUCAAGGAAAACUGCUCACGCGCAAUUAUUUGCCAGCGUUGCGCUCGUCAACCCUUCCAAAUCGAACCUUAAUACAUAGUUCAGAAUUCAAACCCCUAUGUAGAAGUGUAGGAUGGGUUUUGGCAUGUUGUAUUCAUACUACGCUACAGAUAAUGUACAACAGUCAACAGUAGAAGACAAAAAAAAAAAAAACCAACCCCUUCAACCCUUUUUUUAUUUUUGUUAUGGAGUAUAUGAAUGCUUCUGUCUGGCUCUCCUAUCCCUAUUAGAGAACUAAUUAUGUGGGAAAAAAUACACCUCUUUUCUGUUGGGGCAUUAGAAAAGGAAUUCCUGACCUGCACACUAGUCUUGAUGGGUAGUUAGAUGGGAAAUGUCUGGGGUUGAUAUCCCAUUACUGCCAUCCCCUCUCCCUUUUCCCUUCAGGACAUCUAGCACCUGACCUGACUGACGUCUCUCCCGCUGUCAUUUUGACUGAAGCAUACCAGUUAUAGCACUCCUCCUUUUUUAAAAACAAAAGAUGGCAAAAAAAUAAUAAUCGUUCUUGUCUUGUACGUGCGUUAACUUUCUUUACUGUUCCCCAUUUGUUAAUGACUGAAGGUUUAAUGUCUUUGUUAUAUUCCAUGCAAAGCACUUCAAGGCAUCUGUUCCUUCCCUCACUAGAAAUUCUUUCUUUAUAGUCAUAUUGCAUUCCCCCCCACACACACAAUAAUACAUUGUACUGUACAUACACAGCAUUUGGUGUUGUAUGAUCUGAACAUGUCUGAAGCUUACAUCAACCUAACAGGGGAAGGGGGAUGAAUUUCAAGGUUUUGUUUUCCAGUUGUUUUCAUUCCGGAUGAUGUAGUAGAUUGGUGUCCAGAGCUUUUGAUAAACCCAGGUGGCUUGAGCACAAGGUGUGAGAAUGAGAGUGAUGACAUCUCGUUUUUGUAGGAAACCCGUGUCCAUGGGACUGUUUUACAACUAAUGAAAUAAAGUAACCUUUGAUUAUG